CGUGGCCUCCACACCUGCCAGCCGCACGACUGCCUUCCACCUACAUACGCCACGACGCUUACAAACCAACACACGAUCCUUCACGGACCCGUCGUGGAGUUGGCUUCGACGACACCUCCCCCAAGAGAGAGAGAGGGAGAGGGCCGUCUCGCUCCGCCAUCCGCAGCUUAUCGUUCCCAUACGCAAGAGAGUUUUCUUCUGGCUGCGGCAGCGUGGCUCUCCCGGUGCCCUGGCGUCAAGAAGGACCUUGGGGAAUGGGCGCUUCCUCAACAAAGUAUCAGUAAUUCGUGACGCCAGUGCCAGGGGGCUAGAGGGCCAAGGUGGUACUGCCAGCAAGAUCUCUUACACAUUGAUCUCAACUCGCAUUCCCAAGGAGUCGUGUUAUACUAAUUAUAUUUGUUAAUUAAUAAACGAGCUAAUUCAUAGUUCGGUAUAGCGUAAAUACAUAAAAAAGCUAAGAGUUUGGAUUCCACGCUCAGGAGCGGAAUGCAAACAGGAAGGCUGUGAAGCAGGAGACUUGUGUGUUGAGUGAAGCAGCGGCGUUGUGUGCGUGUGGGGACCUCACCUCUCAAUAUGGGCGCGCGAAGAGCUCCCUAUCUCAAUCUUAUACUGUGGGGGGCGGUAUUGUCGUGGGCGGGCCACGCUGACCCCACCUCCGUCCUCCUGAACCCGAGCGCCCCACGCCCACACCAGGAGGCCGGGCACCGCCUGCCCACACUCCACCAGGAGAGGGUGGAGGAGGCAGGUAACAGCCCCCAGCCGGAGCUCCUUGCUUCAUCUGAGGACCAGUACAAGGAGAGUGGAGGUUUCUUUCUGGAUGAGCUGGAAGCUGUCACCAGGUCGGACACGCUGGAAUGCCCGAGUGCCAACGUCAUCACGACACGGUACAAGUGUCAGGUGAGGGAGCAGUGGGUCGACUGCUUCCGGCGGCACUGCUGCCAGGGAUACAACUUCGUCGCCGGCAGGUGCCUGCCCGACACGGUGGACCCUUGCACGCAGGAAUUUUGUGAGCAGAAGUGUUCUGUGUAUUUCGGCCGCGUGAUCUGCACCUGCUACUCCGGCUACAGGUUCAGCCCAGAGAACCACAAGAGAGGUCUCACUCCAGUCUGUCUUGACAUCGACGAGUGUGUGGGCCACAACGGAGGCUGUGAACACCACUGUGUCAACGUGCCCGGCUCCUUCCACUGUACCUGCCGCUCAGGUUACCGUUUACGCGGGGACAAUAGCACGUGCGAGUUGGCGAGUGAGGGCGGGGCCUUGCAGUCUCCUGGCCAAUGGCAUGCCCCGCAGCUUGCAAGCCCCGCCCACAGCCUCGCCCUGCAGCCCGAUUCAGGUCAGCAGUGCUCCGCCUCCUGCUCCUCAGUUGGACAAAUGUCAGCUAAGAUCAAGAGCUUAGAGGAGAAGGUGGUGGCUCUCAGCACGGCCGUCCGUCUCUACAGUUUCGCCGCCGGACUCCCAGGACCCGAAGGUCCCCCAGGUCCGCCCGGAGCUUCAGGUCCCCGGGGCUUCCCAGGUCCAGAAGGGUCGCCGGGGCCCCCAGGGCAGAGGGGGCCAGAGGGCCCGGUGUGGGCGCCGCCGACGGAGAUGGCGCCAACGACACCGCGGCCGCCCGCUGACGACCCCUUCACCAAGGACGACUUCCCUCUCGACUCGUGGACCGUCCUCCAGGGGCGGGGACGACGACAGUUCUGCAGGUGUCGCCGCGGUGCCGUGGGCUCACCGGGGGCCCCAGGGAAGCCUGGGCCGCGAGGGCUUCCAGGGCCCGCAGGUCCCCCUGGAGAGAAGGGCGAACCAGGGUCCUUCGACUUCCUCAGCCUGAUGAUUGCCGACGUUAAACACGACAUCCAGAAGCUACAGGAGAAGGUCUUCAGCGCUGAGGACAUGCCGGAGCCGUAUGACCUGGCCGGGGCGCUAGCUACCGGCGAAGGCUCGCAGGCCGCCUGGCAGAACCAGUACAACACCCAGCUUCUGGAGCUUCUUACAGAGGAAGUCGAUAACAAGAUUUUUGGCGCCGCUAGACGAUUCCGGCCGCAGUCCUUGCAGCUUGACGGCGAAGGGAAGGACAAAGCCACAACUGAGAGAACCGAACAUAGUAAUGGGACGACCAGGGCGCCUCUCCAGAGCCGCGAGCUACAUCCAUCGCCUCAGCCUCCCUCGGGGAUUUCGGAAAGUCCUUCGCUAGAGAAAGCUGCUGAGGAGGAUCGCGUUGAGGAACUCCCUGAGGGAUAUUAUGAUACGGUCCUCAAUACCGGUGAUGCAUUAUUUAGUGAAUAUAUUCCAAACUAUGACUAUGGAGCCAUAUCAGACGCCACUUACUUCACUGAAUACGCUGCUAUUGACACGCCUCCCGCCUCCUCUCAUCCAGAGACGACAGGGGUGACGCAGCCACCAGCAUCCACUCACAAGAGCGACCAGGCAGGGACCUCUACAAAUCUGACAGCUCAUCACCUUUCCGAACCCAGUAAGAAUGCACCAAAUAAGGAACAAAUCAUCGGCCAUAGACUGUCGACAGAUGAUUUAGCUGCUUCACCCACAACAAAGAAGACUCCAGCUGUCAGUACCUCGCGCUCUCAACAAGAUACAGUCACUUCUGCGCCUGUACCACCUCAAACCCGUAGCGCUAGAGUGAAUACCGUCACAGAAGAAAUACAAAGAAGAGGUGAACAAGACUUGAUGAACCGACAGAACGGGCAGAGGAGAGGUUACACUGAGACUUCCCAUAAAGAACCAAGUCAUAUAUACCCUACCAGAAGCACGUCGACCCUCAGGCCCUCUGGAAGCGUUCGCAGUUCAAGCGUGCUUAAUACUAAUGCAAAAAGAGUCUCUCUUAACAUUAAGAAAGAUAUAAACCUAUUUGAUGAUAGUGAAAGUGAGCAUGACACUUCCUCUAGAGAAAGAGACGUAGGUCUGGAGGAGGUCGACGAGGGUAAUACUGAACGAGAGACUCUAAUAAGCACGAGAACCCAAGGCCAAGAAGUCGAAAAGGACGAGUUUACGAGGACGACCUCUCACGAGAUCAUCAAUGAGGCAGAGACGGACUCGCUGUACUCCAAUCGAAAGCUAACAGCAGUCGAUAAGUCUCGCAUAAAAGAGAACGAGAAGCUUAUUGACAUUUUGGAUGACAUCUUGAGAGAGCUAGAAGAAACUGCCAAGCUCUCACGCAUUACCAGAAAUCCGUAUAACGGGACGCUGAAUUCGAGUUCCCUCAUGCCACUCAAAGACAACACAAGCCUCCCUUCCAGUGCCUCUGGAAACAACACCAAACUUCCCAGAAACACAAAUUACAGCAUCAACUCGAUGGACAAUUCUGAAGCGCCCACAAGCAGUCCAUCGGUUGCCAAUAACACAGUCGGUUCCCCAGUCAGUGUUCCCAGUCCCACAGAGCCAGUCAUUGAAGGAAGUGUUGAAUUCAUGGUGUUCGCUGCCAGGCCCAGAGAGGACAGCCCUAGCCCAGCUAACAGACACACAAAAGUUAACUCGGAGGGCACUGGUCGGGCCACACAAUUUACGCAACCUGAUCAUCCCAGGCAACAUACUCAGCCCAAUUUACAAAAUACGAACCGAGGGCCCUCGCAUGAUUGAGGACAGCUGGAACUCUAGCGUGUAAAUACAUUAUAUAGCUUCCACCAGCUUAAAAUAUUUACCCCCUGUAGUUGUAGACUUUAGUACCUCAGUAAAGCAUCGUGAUCAGUAUAUAUAUAUAUAUAUAUAUAUAUAUA